AUGGGUAUCUCAAUUGCUGAUUCCCCGACUCAACACAAUGGUGCUGCUGUGUCCUUACCAAUGACCGAGCCCCGAACCUCUCGGUCAGCCAAUUCAGCCCGGCAUUUCAUAUCUGGUCUUGGUUCAGGCGUCACUUCUGCAGUUCUCCUACAGCCUCUGGAUCUUCUCAAAACGCGGGUACAGCAGUCUGGUAGUUCGUCAUUAAGCGCUACCCUGCGUGAUCUGAGGCAAUCCCAGAGCCUCGUAAAGUCACUGUGGCGAGGUACCGUCCCUUCAGCGCUACGGACGGGCUUCGGUUCAGCUCUCUACUUCACAUCACUCAAUGCGAUUCGCCAGCAUGCACACCAGACAGGUAUCCUGGGUCGGCGGCUGCAGACCCAGGGCCGCUCAUCAGUCCUCCCUUCAUUAACGAAUUCGGGCAACCUCAUCUCGGGCGCAGUUGCAAGAACGUUUGCUGGCUUUGUCCUUAUGCCUCUCACCGUGAUUAAGGUUCGCUUUGAAUCCAGUCUAUAUUCUUAUCCCUCCAUCAUGUCAGCUGCGAAUGACAUACGCCGGACUCAGGGCUGGCGUGGCUUCUUCUCUGGAUUCGGUGCCACGGCGUUUCGUGAUGCACCGUACGCUGGCAUGUACGUGCUAUUCUACGAGAUGCUGAAAUCGCGCCUUGGAACACUGGCGUCCAAGCCGCUUACAUCAGGCGAGGGCACAAGCAGAAUGCAAGCAACUCUGGCUAGCUCUGUGAACUUCACUUCCGCUAUGUUGGCCGGUGCAGCAUGCUCCAUUGUUUCGAACCCGUUCGAUGCGGUCAAAACACGAAUUCAAUUACAGCCAUUGGAGUAUAGGAAUAUAUGGCACGCUUGGUAUAAGAUGGUAACGCAUGAGGGUAUCCGGUCACUAUGGGAUGGCUUGGCGUUACGGAUGAGCCGCAAGGCCAUGAGUUCGGCACUGGCCUGGACGGUGUACGAGGAGCUGAUUCGCCGAGCUGGAGCAAAGUAA